AAAAAAAUCAAAGGAGAGAGGGUGAAGGAUAGGAAGGGAGUGGGAGAGGGUGAGCAUGAGCACAGAGAGUGAAACUAGCAAGACAAUAACAAAUGCAAGCAGACACCAAAGUUGAGCAAGAGGAACACUAAUUUAAUUUUGAGCAACACUUUUUUUCACAUCCUUCCUUUCGUUAAUUUUACUCGAAUUUACGGUGGGCAAAGAUUUUAAAACCAUCGGGUGCUUUAACAUUUUCCCCCAAUUUGUUAUUCAUUCAUCCACCAAUGGACACCCAUUUACAUCCAUUUACAUCCCUUCUCGGAACUUAUGGUUGUGGCUAGCAUGCCCAAGGCCAGCUAGAAAAGAAGAACGAGAAGGAAGUAUCAGGGAACCAAUGCUUCCCGCCGGAGACUCGUCGCCGGUUGCAAUUACCGAUCUCGAAGUAUCAGCUAAUCAUCAUAGCAUGUCCUGAAUCGAUACAGAAACCCCAAUUAUUAGCGCCUUGCCAUGGUUGAGCUUCCAAAAGUCAUAUCCCCUACACUGGUUCUAAAGCUUCUGAAAGCAGAGAAAAACCCCAAUGCGGCACUCGCUAUAUUCGACUCCGCCUGUCAGCAUCCUGGUUAUGCUCACCCACCUUUCGUAUUCCAUCAUAUUCUCCGGCGACUUAUGGACCCGAAGCUCGUUGUUCACGUUGGUCGGAUCGUGGACCUGAUGCGAGCUCAAAGAUGCACCUGCUCCGAAGAUGUUGCACUGUCGGCUAUCAAGGCGUACGCGAAAUGUUCAAUGCCCGAUCAAGCGCUCAAUUUGUUUCAGAACAUGGUUGACAUUUUUGGGUGUAACCCGGGAAUUAGGUCAUUUAAUUCUAUGCUUAACGCGUUCAUUGAAUCUAAUCAGUGGCGCGAAGCUGAACUAUUUUUCACGUACUUUCAGACGGCGGGCAUGUCGCCCAAUCUUCAGACUUAUAAUAUUUUGAUCAAGAUAUCGUGCAAGAAGAGGCAAUUUGAGAAGGGUAAGGGAUUGUUGACAUGGAUGUUCGAGAAUGGUUUGAACCCUGAUAUUUUAAGCUAUGGUACAUUAAUUAAUGCACUUGCGAAGAGUGGUAACUUAUUGGAUGCCGUGGAGCUGUUCGAUGAAAUGUCUGUGAGAGGUGUGAACCCUGAUGUUAUGUGUUAUAAUAUUCUGAUUGAUGGGUUUCUCAGAAAAGGAGAUUUUGUGAAGGCUAAUGAGAUUUGGAAGAGAUUACUUACAGAGUCUUCAGUUUAUCCGAGUGUGGAAACAUAUAACAUUAUGAUAAAUGGUUUAUGUAAGCUCGGAAAGCUCGAUGAAAGUAUGGAGAUGUGGAAUAGAAUGAAGAAGAAUGAAAAGUCACCCGAUUUAUUUACUUUUAGUUCCAUGAUUCACGGCUUGAGCAAAGCAGGAAACUUCAAUGCUGCUGAGAAAGUUUUUCAGGAGAUGAUUGAAAGUGGGUUAUCCCCUGAUGUGAGAACAUAUAAUGCAAUGCUCAGUGGUCUAUUUCGAACUGGGAAACUAAAUAAAUGCUUUGAGUUGUGGAACGUAAUGAGUAAAAAUAACUGUUGCAACAUUGUUAGUUAUAACAUGCUGAUUCAAGGGUUGCUUGACAACAAGAAAGUGGAACAAGCGAUUUGUUAUUGGCAGCUCUUACACGAGAGGGGCUUAAAGGCAGAUUCAACAACAUACGGACUGUUGAUCAACGGGCUGUGUAAAAAUGGAUACUUGAAUAAGGCUUUAAGGAUAUUAGAAGAAGCAGAAAAUGAGGGAGCUGAUUUGGAUACUUUUGCGUAUUCAUCAAUGGUUCACGGGUUAUGCAAAAAAGGGAUGUUGGAACAAGCCGUAGAACUGAUUCAUCAGAUGAAAAAAAAUAGACGUAAACUGAAUUCUCAUGUUUUCAAUUCACUGAUUAAUGGAUACGUCCGAGCUUUUAAACUUGAAGAGGCUAUUUCUGUUCUUAGGGAAAUGAAAAGCAAAGACUGUGCCCCUACUGUAGUUUCCUACAACACUAUUAUUAACGGUUUGUGUAAGGCAGAAAGAUUUAGCGAUGCAUAUCUUUCACUGAAGGAGAUGCUGGAAGAGGGUUUGAAGCCUGAUAUGAUUACUUAUAGCUUGUUGAUUGAUGGUCUAUGUCGAGGAGAAAAGGUUGACAUGGCACUCAAUUUGUGGCAUCAAUGUAUUAACAAGCGUCUUAAGCCCGAUUUGCAAAUGCACAAUAUAAUAAUUCACGGUCUUUGUACUGCCCAAAAAGUUGAUGUGGCCCUGGAGAUCUUUACUCAAAUGAGGCAGGUCAACUGUGUUCCAGAUCUUGUAACACACAACACCAUCAUGGAAGGUCUUUACAAAGCUGGAGACUGCGUAGAGGCUUUGAAAAUUUGGGACCGCAUUUUGGAAGCGGGUCUUCAGCCUGAUAUUAUUUCUUAUAACAUUACUUUUAAGGGACUCUGCUCUUGCGCUAGAGUUUCAGAUGCCAUUGAAUUCCUAUAUGAUGCUCUUGAUCGUGGAAUUCUUCCAAAUGCCCCAACAUGGAACGUUCUUGUAAGAGCAGUUGUCGAUGACAAACCUUUAAUGGAAUAUGCUCUUAAUACAGAGUCCCGGACGUGAUGUGAUUCUCAUGUGAUGCAGAUCUUCGUUGUUCUUGCUAGGAAAUUAUUAUUUGAUAUUAUGGGAUUCCAUCGCAAAACUAAUUAGCAAUGAGAGAGUAACCCAUCUAUCUUAUAAAGAGUGCAAAUCUUCCUUGGUCUUUUUCCGUGGGAUUCUCAACAUUUUAACCAUGAUUGAUGAGAGACCUUCAACUUGAUCUUCUUGAUUGAAAUGAAUUAAAAAAUGCCAUCCUUUGCUCAUAAGAAAAUUGAGAAAUCAAAGCAAUAAGCAUUGCUCCAAGAACAGCGACUUUUCGCCAAUCAGGUGAAGAAAGGAAUGAUUCGGCAAUUGCUACGACUAGCAGGCCAAUGAAUGCAAGAUAGAUAUAUCGCCUCGUCUUCGAACCGGCAUUUUCUUUCAUUCCUCAAAGACCUGCAUCUGACUCUCAAUGUUCCCCAUAAUCUGUCCAUUAUUAAAGAAAGAAAAAACCAAGAAGUGGGUCAUAUUCAAAACCACAAAUUUCAAUGACAAACGAGAGAGAGGAACGGAACAUAAAACGGACCCGUGCACUGGCUUCGUCGAGCCCUCUGAGGGCGUCUUCACCAAUCUUCUCAAACUCUGCAUCGGCCUCUUCAGCAAACUGAGUAAGAUCAGCAGAUUUUUCGUCUAAGAAGCCGGUGAGACGGAGUUUUUGAGUUUGAAGUUGUGCAAUUCUAGCAAGUAUCUCUUGCUUUUGGGGAUCUCCUUCAGGUGGUGGUGUGGAAGGAGCUGAAUCAGAAGUGUUGGACUGACAAAGGCAGGAGAAGGAGUUCUUUGAAAUGGGGAGUUUUGGUGUGUAUAAGAAGGUAUUUUUGUAGACUGUGAAAGAGGUUUGAAUUGGUUUGAAAACUAUCAUCUUUGUUUAUCUUUGUUUAGAGAGAGAGAGAGAGAGAGAGAGAGAAAGAGCAGUGGGAGAGGGAGGAAGAAAAUGGAGAAAGUUUGGAAUUCUUCUGGACCUCUCAUUUUAUGUUAUUUUAUCAGUUUUAUAUUUAGAAAAAUAUGAGAUAUUGAUCAUUGAUUCA